AUGUUUAGAUUGAGCUAUAUACGUCGGGGAAUAAGGUCGGUACAGCCAAGGAUAUUUUAUCACGGUAAUUCGUAUAUAAUACUGUCUGUGAGGUUGUAUAAUUCUGUUGGUAAAGGGAAUCAACAAUUUCAGAAUGCACAAGGGAACUCCCAACAAGAGAGAGAUCCUUUAAAUAUAGAUGAAUUAUUUCCAGAUAGUCAUGGAAAAUCAUCUGAAACAGAUAAUAUAGAGAGAAAUAAGGAGAAGGGCAACGAACAAGUGGAGUUAUCUGCAUCUCAAAAUCAGCCAUUGGAAGAAAAUCAUGAAUCCAAAUCUUUCGAAAGAGACAGCCUCUUAUCUGACAUAGAUACCUACGUUGAAGACAGUAAGGACAGUCGUAAUAAAUCUAUAGAUAUUUCUACUGAAGGGGAAUCGGAAUUUGAUAUUUUGAACGAUUUUCUUAAUGACCACGACAAAAAGCAAAAUGAUAUAGUAGAUACUAAGAAGGACAAAGAUGAUUUCAAUGAUCUUUUAUCGUCUCUUAAUUUGGAUGAUGGUAAUACCAACGGCGAUGAAGGGUCAUUUGAUUUUGAUAAGCUAAGCGAAAUGACACGAGAUCAUCUUUCGAGUAAAAAUAACAAAACUCAAGCAGAAGAAUUCAAUCCUAUUGACGUCGAUAAGAAUGAUGAAAAUAUCUUUGAUUUAAGUUUCUUGGAUAUGGAUAAAACCAAUGAUAAUGAAAAGAAAGUUAUUGAAGAAGAAAAGCAACUUUUUCAGAACAUUUUUAAUUCGUACGUAAAGCCAACAGAUCAAGAUGAACAGUCAGAGUUAUUACAGAAUUUGAGAGAUUCGGUAAAUAUUUCCAAGAACCAAAUUGACGAUAUAUUGAGCUCCUCUACCAGUACGCGAUACAAGUUGACUAAUGUUUCUGGAAGGUUGAAAGAUGAACUAUUUACCAAAACUAAGGAUGCAUUGGAACCAACAAUAAAAUAUAUACAUACUUCUCCAGCCUUAGGCUCAUCAACUUUGCUAACUCAAUACUUGAGAACAGUAUUUACCAGUUGGUUUGAAAUAAUUAAAAAAGCACAAAAUGACAAAGCUGUUUUUGAAGACGUAUAUUUAAACAAGUUAUUAAAGAAGUCAACGAAAUUCAGUGAAAAGCAUGAUAAAUUUGUUAACUCUGUUUACGUCCAAUCAAUGGAACAUCCGUCCAACCCUAUCUUGAAUGUUUUCACAUUACCAAUUAUUUUCAACUCAAUUCUUAAUACAAUAGCCAUGAAACACCACGAUGGUCAACUUGCACUUUCGUUGUUCAAUUUUUUGAAAAAGGAUAUUAAUUUAUAUACGGUAUGUUGUAAUCAACAAACAUACAAUGAAAUAUUGAGAAUCCAGUGGUUGUUUUACGGUAAAUCAAAUUUGUAUGGUAUUGAAAUUAUCUUUAUUGAAAUGUUAAACAACGGGUUUUCAGGUGAUUUAAUGACAUUUAAUAUACUCAAACAAAUAAUUAUAGACUAUCAUAGUUUAAAAAUGGGGCAAGCUUCUUUGAAUGAAGCUAAACUUCCAAUUUGGUCUAAAGAAGAUGAUAAACGAGUAGAAAACUUAGAAAGGAAGUUAAAUACCUUGGCUAAUGUCUUGAGAAGAUCCGAUAAAUAA